AUGGACGCCCAACUACUCACCCCACUCUCCACACUGGAAACCAGACUAAACAACCUCCUCAUGGCCAUAAUCUCCUCCCCAACCGCCGCAGGAGCUCCAGCAGCUGCCUUGGCGCUCCUCGAUGCGGACGACAGCCUCUCACGAGCUCUCGAAACACUACACACACAUCAGUCCAACUACGCGAAAAUCCUACGUCUGCGUGCGGAAGCUCUCUCUCUCGAAGAGCGCGUGCGUAAUAUCGUCCGUGAAGUCGAGACUGUGGGGAAUGAGAUAUCUGCCGCGUGUCAGCACGGAGCAGAUGGAAGCGAUGACGACAGUGAUGACGACAGCGGAAUUGAAGAGGAGGCGGAACAGUAUGGUGAAGAUUUAGACACGCAUAUGGGCGGUGUAUCGGAACCAUCUUCUACUAGUUUGAACAGCAGAGGGAGAAGGAGCAAAGAGGUGGACUACAAACUACUGGUCGAGUUCGCGCGCAGAAUUAGUCGGUAUAAUAGCGAUGCAGCAGCGGAUGCCAGCGCUGUUCGCUCCACGAGGACACCACCAGGCGACGAGGAGCAGCAACACAAACAGCGAGAUAGGUCUAACGUGGAGAAUGGAGACGCUGCAGAACGUGCUGCUGUUGGCUUAGGGCCGGACGCGGCACAGCAAACCAAGGGCGUCGGGGUGGCAGCGCUGUCGCAGGAGACAGUAUCCUGGCUUGAUGAGACAGCGAACUGGUCUCGCGAUUUGUCACGUAUGCAGUACCCGAGUGAAGACAGGAUAAGAAUGGGAUUGAUGGGACAGUUACAGGCGGCCGUGAGCGAAGGACUGGAUGUGGAGAAGGAAAUUGAGCGUUUGAUCCGUAUGUCGCGGGACGAGGGCGAGGGUGGCUCCGACGAUGGCGCUGCCAGUGAGCAUGCAGCGGUGAGGGGCGAAAUAGCCGGUAUUGUGGGGGAGCCGGGGUCUUUUGCUGGUGGUGGGAUUGGUCGUAGGGAUGCUGCUAUGGGAGGCAGGGCACCGAUGAAGGCGAAACCGAAGCCUGUUUUAGAUUUGGAGCUAUAUGACCCUGCUGAAGAUGACUGA